AUGAGAUGCCAAAGAUGCUUGAAAGUUGGACACAACAAGAGAAGCUGCAAAAAUGAAGCUGCACCCAAGCCUCAGAAGGCAAAGAGAGGUAGACCAAGGAUACAUGCAUUGCCUAGUGGGUCUGAGAAUGUACCAGCUGUCCCUCCAACACAAGGCAGUGGCCACAUAGCUUCACCUCCAACACAGGACAAUAGCCACUUAACUGCAGCUCCAACACAAGAAACAGGAAGAAAGAGAAAAAAUCCAACACAAGAAAAUGAAAUCCACAUAGCUCAAACAAUGAAAGAUAGAGCACUGAGACAGGAUCGAUUUACAUGA